CGACUUCCACUUCCGAUACGUAAUUAGUUUUAGCGCCACAACAAACCCAAGGCAGCCAUCGCACCACCUGCAACAACUCUGCGCCGUGACAAACACUGCAGAUCGAUAUUACUUCACAAAGGAGAAAUCCAACAAAAGAGGAGAAAUAAAUAAAACGUCUAGCAUUGCAAUUAUACGAUUCAUGAUGCUCCUGCGGUAAAAGCCCUCUUGUGUGUUAAUCAAACGAGCAGCUACACCACCAUCAAAUACUGUUUACAAUGCGCAUCACUGCAUCCACAUCGUCAUGACCAGACGCCUCCCGUGGAACACAGCCAGGUGGCAGUCUAGCCCGGCUGCUUCACCAGCGUCGAGACGGGCCAAGAAAGAAGAGAGCUCAAGUCCACAGCCUCAGGCAGACUCCCUGCCUGGCAGCAUCAACAGUGCAUCUCAUACUCCACGGCGCAGAUUGCCGAUAUCCAAUCGUGAAUCCCGUUCAUCAGUAUCACCUCCACCUGAUGCCCCUCUAGAACAAUUUAUGAUUGAAGGCGAUGAUCGGUACCGUAUGGUUGAAGAUGAACUCCUCCGUGCGGCUCAGCGAUUCACCACGCAUCUGCAUCGCGCAGAGUACGAACGUCUCAAGCGGCUAGCAAGAUCACAAAACGCAGACUCCAUUCGCGAAAUUGAACGCCCUGUCAUCGGGACCCCUACCAUGGAAGCCCGCAGACGUCAUGAUCGCGUCGCUCAACGGAUCAAGCAGCGCUCGGUCCCGGGUGAAGAUGCCAGCAGCUCGUCUCCCCGUCCAGCCACUGGUUUGCGGAACUUGCUAGAUGCACCCAGUCAGCAAGAGCAGUCCAUCUCCUCUCUAGCUCCACGACCAAGCACUGCCGCACGCACCCCAGCUUCGGCAAGGCCACAACGCAGACCACAACCUGCUAUACAGAGUUCUCCAGGUGUCGGCCCGUCGUCUUCGCGGAUAUCGCCCUUUGCUACUCCGAUACGGAGACGCAUACCAACCCACACCUCGAAUCAGCCUAGCCCAGCGACGCCUGGCCCGUCAAACAGCAGUGCGAGCCGAGCAACUGUCGUGAACCUCGUCGAUGAUGAUAUCGACGUGGAUGAUCCGUUCGGCUUAAAGAAGCGCAAUGUAAAACGAAACGCUUCUCGGGAGCAGUUCAGCUCACGGACGCCUAAAAAGGAACCAUCACCGAUUGAAAGCGUGGUGCCACACUUCCUCUAAUACAACACCAUACAACAUGCCUGGAAGAAGGCGUCCUGGGGAAUCAAAAUAUUAUGAUCAUUUAACGAAUUUUGCAUUUCUUUUUGUAACUCAUAAAUACCCUUUAAAUAAAAACGGAAAUCCCAGUAUCUAUGCGUCCUGCAUCGUAAGCUCAUCAAAGUCGUCUAGCAAUUCAUCCAUGUCAACAUGAGGAGCUGCGUCGACGCCUUCGUCAGAGUCAGCCAUGCUCAUCUCUUCCUCCUCCUCUACUUGUUCUUGCUGCUCGUUCUUGUACAGAGCAAGAGCAGCACGAAGCUCCUCAUCUUCCUCUACAUCACGCAAGAACAUUUCGUACUCGUUAUCCAUACGCUCCUGGUCAGCCUUCUUAGGGAGAAGUUCGCCUUCAUCCUUGGCCAUGCGCUUAAGGCGCCAGUUGCGGCGUCUGUUUCUGCGCUUGCGGGGGUAGUGUUUCUUGACUAGGACAACAUCCGGAAUUGUUGAUGAGUAUACGCUGGAGGCUUCCAUGGCAUCGAAUUCGGGGUUGUUGAAGACAGUACCCUCAAGAAGAUAUCCCAUGGCGCUAUCACCGGCUUGCAACAAUCCACCAAGAUGUGUUCUUGUAAAGUAUGUCUUGUCGUUGACUCCGAGAUCAACAGCGCGGGCAACAGUAACCUCUGCAAAUCGCCACUUUCCGUUUUGCUUGCCAGUAAGCUCAACAUCCAUAAUGAUAAAUUCCACCAGGGAUUGUGUAUCGGCUAGGCCCAAAAACGGCGCUCUCCAGUAGAUGGAAGCGCUGAUAUCAGCAGUCUGGAGGGUCUGGGGGUCGAGCAGGUAAAUGGAGGUACCAAUCUUGUGGCAAAGGACCAGAGGAGAAAUGUUGCCGUAUUGCUUGGCGAUUUUGAUGGGCAGGGCGACCAGGUCAUCUUUGCAGAUAGGUACCAGUUCGGCAGAGUACGUGAAUUUGUAAGAGCGCUUGGAGGUGUGUGUGUCAUGAGAGAUGAGUUCCUGGGCCUUCUUCAUGCGGAUAGGCACCACGGAGUUGAGGAAGUCAACAAACUUGUCGGCUUGGUUCUUGGCAGAGAAGAAGAAAUCAAUACCGUCCUUGGCUUCCUUGAUGUUGAGGGUUUCUCUGUGGGCUUGGUGCUUCAUAAUCAACUGCUCGAGGAACAGGAAAGUACGCUUGUGUAGGACCUUUUGACGAACUUGAACGCAAGCUCUCCAGACGUUAGCGGUAUAAGAUUUGGCGCAUUCGGGGCACUGCUGAGUUGUGACAAUGUAGACGACUUCAAACGUCUGUUGAAGCAGGACGCCGUCCUGGACGGAGUCUUGGAUUGUGAUUUUGACUUUGAUUCUUCGGGAGUGGGCUUCGGUCCAGACAAACGAGGCAUCUACGAUGCGCACUUUGGCAAGACCUCGCAGUUUCUUAAGGCACAGGGCGAGAAGCUCUCGAGAUUCGGGGUUGGCGACAACCCAGCUGGUUGGCGGCGUCAGCCAUCGGUUGCAGUCACGGCAGAACUGGAGGUUGGAUUCGCGUUGGACUCCGGCGGAAAUAUCGAUCGUGAGCUUGACACAGUCAAAGCAGAGGGC